AUGGCACGCGGCAAUCCGAGAAACUUAGUUCCUCCCGCUAUGAUGCAUACGCAGUCUCGCCCCUCCUUGCCUCGUCUUAGCAAGGAUAACCACAAGUACUUUGGUAACAACGCUGUCUCAGGUGAUGCUGAUGAAGCUGACGAUGCAGCCGACGAAGUUCAACACAAUCGCUGGCCCACCGGGGCACGGAGUCAACAAACUCGACGGGGCCAGAUUGGCAAAUCCCCCCCACCAGUCACUAGUACGCGGGCGAAGGAUACUGCGCUCCCAACGGCGAAAAAUCCCGUCAUUCAGCAACAGCCGAUCGUCACCUCUGCUUCGCCCGUCGAGGCUUCUCCUGCCGGUUCACCUGAACGCUCUGGUGAACGUCGGUCCCCUGGUGUAGCGACGGAGGUUGCAAACGUCGAUGCCGCCGUCGUUAACAAACCCGCUGCUGCUACUGCGGGCAAGACUGGAGCUCACCCGAUGGAGUUGGCAAUGACCCGGGCGAUUGGGGAGGCUUAUACCACCAAGGCUACGAUUUUCCGCGAGGAGGGACGGCAGCACCUGGAGGUGAAUGACGAGCUUCAACUGAAGGCUGACGACCAGGAAAAGCAGAACGGGGAGCUUCGUAAAGAGCUCCAGAAGAGGGAAGCGGAUCUGAAGGAUGCAUUGGAGCUGCUGAAGCAUCUGGCGGAGAAAAUUGCCGAUGAUCAGCUCGCCAAAGUGAAUUGGCGGGUCCACAUCAAGGAGUCGUGUGACGACUUCCUUUUCAAGCCGGAUACGCUCAACCUGUCACCCGAUCCUGAUGCGAUGCUCGCAGCUUUAAUCAAAAAAGCUGGCUACAUCGCUGACUCCCCUCAGAGCUUAAAGCUCGCUGCCUUGCUGAAGGUCAAUGGCAUUUUGAAGCACGCGUGUGUGCGCUUCAACGACCAGAUCGGUAAAAUAUACCACUUCUGUCGCCUCUAUGCUAUGAGCCUCGAACCAUGCGUGUUUUUGCAGAGGAAGCGGAACUUCAAGGGGGAGGUAGUACUGCAGGUGCCAGAGGACUUACUUACGAAAUGUGCAGACUACCUCGAGCGUUACGCUGACAAGUUCUUGGGGAUUCCCUGGCACGUCAACAAGAGAGGCAGUCCGUUUUCCAGCCCUGCCUUUGUUAAGUGCGCUUCCCUGUGGGAUUCGAGUGGCGCCUUGCCAAUUGGUUUAUUUCCUGUUCAGCUGCUUGUUAUCCUAGCAGCGGUGAGGUUCAAGUUCCGCCAUCCCAGCGCCACGAAGGCUCAGUUGGAUCGGUCGAGGGAUCCUGGUGCUCUUGCAAGGCAGGCGCGGGUGGUACAGCGCUGGAUCAACAGCAGUGAUGUCACUUGCACGGACGGCUGCCUUGGGAUCGGCAAGAUCUGCAUCGUUGGUUGGAAGGAGAUUCCAGAGGAGGAGCUGGUUGCAGACGAGCAUGGUGACCUUGGUCUGGAUGAGCUGGUGAGCGAGCCAGGCACACAGGAGCGGGUUGAUGACGAGAAUGAGGAGCAGGUGGAGCUUUUCGGUUGA